UGUAGGAAUGACAUUUUUCCAAAGAAGGACUAUGUCUCAACUAUCAGUGCAACAAGACUGUUUGUAAGUCAGGCUCAUGCAGCAAUUGUAUGCUCUGAACAGGAAAACCAGACUUUAUAUACAGACGAAACAAAGAAAAACGGCCAACCAUAUGUGGUAUUUGUCACGACAAAUGAGGACAAGAAGCCAUUUCUUUUAGGGUUACGUCAAAUGUCAAACAAGGCUGCACAAACACAACUCGAUGUAUUUAAGCAAAUCUUAGGUGAUAUUGAGUUGCGAUAUAAUCAGGUGACAGCUAAUGAAGUAAAUAAUCAAUUGUCUAUCAAAAUUCUUCAAAAUAUAAAAUGUACCAUGUCAGAUAGAGCUGCUACCCAGGUAUCAUUCAACCAACUCCUAGAAUCUUAUAGAUCAUCCAUGUUACAAGAACAUCUUGAAAAUUAUCACCUGUUGCAAAAACCUGACCAAAUGUUGCUAAGCAAAAUGUACAAUUUCUUCUGCGGUUUACAUCUCCUAGUUAAUAUUGCUGAAUUAAUGAACAGCGUGUUCAAUAAUUUCCACAAAGAUCCCCCAGAAGGUACUGAACAUCCUGAAAUAAGUCUUAAAGGCGAGUCCUCCGUUUUAAAUGCUGUUAGGAUUACAAGUAAAGCAUUAGCAUCAGGCGCAGAUGAAAAAAACGGCUCAUAUUUGGAAUUUAAAACCUACCUUCAACGUCAACAUAUCAAUAAGUAUGAAAUCAAACCUUUUCUCGGAAACCGCUUUAAUGUUGUCUUCCACAAUGCAGGAGCCAUAUACCACUUGAGAAAUCAUAUCAUUAAUUUCUUGGAAAAUGUUAAAGGCGAAGGAACGCCAGGUAAACUGAAUCAGCUGCUAAAAGCCGUACUCUCUUGUGUGCAGAAUGACACAAUAAUGGUAGGAUGUCGCGCUCUUGGGCUUUUCAAUAAAUUCAUUACCUCCCCAUUGUGGAAAAUACUUGAAGGGGAUAUACAUAUAUUGCACAUGAACCAGAAGUACCAACAUUUAGUUAAAUUUCUUGAAGAUAUUUCAACUGAAGUUGAGAAAGUUAAAUUGUUCAUGACAGGAGAACUCAUACCAUUUCCAUCUGUUGAUGUGAAAAAAGAUGACAUUUGGGCAUCUCUUGUUCGCGAUCACAAUGAUGAAACAUGCGCUGCUUUUUUGAUACAGAUGUGUUCUGCUACUAGCAAGGCUUUGUCACAAAAAGUUAAAGAUCAUCUAGAAGAUGGCCAACAUACCAAAUAUGGUGUUGAUUCCAGCACAACUUUCAAUUCUGUCUUGCCACAUAAUAAAUUACCAGAAUUUAUUUUUGGUCAUUUAGAUUGGUUAAUUAAACACAGGCCCAAUGCAUCUCGACUUGCAAAUGAGGCGCACAUAGUUUACAAUGUAAAUAAAACGGGUGCAUGGCUAAAUCAGCAGACCGAACAACAUGUCCAGGAACUUAUCAAUACUUCAAAAUUGAAAAUUAAAGAAAUGAAAAUAACUGAAAAACAAAGACUGUCUGAUUUAAAAAAUGAACUUGAAAGAAUAAGUCGAGAGAAAGAAGAGGAAGCAAGAAAACUUCUGUUAAAGAAAUGUAAUGAAAAAAAGAAACUUGUAGAACACAUUCUAAAAUUAGGACUUUGGGACAAUGCAAGAAAAGUCGAUCAAGAACUGACAAAAAUUAAAUUUUUAAAGAACAAAAGAGAAAUUUUAAAAACUCAAAUAAAAUUUAGGCAACUUGUAUUAGAACAACCUGGUGAGAAAACCUUGUUCCAAGUUUCUCAGGUGAAUAAAAAGCCAGUCACUAUUUCCCAGUUGACAAAAAACUUGAAAACAUUGAUUAAAAAACUAGGUAGUGCAGCAGUUCCUACUCAGAUCUUGGAACAUACAAUCGCUGAGGAUUUACAUGAUUUUGGUAAAUCAUUUUGUUCAUAAAAAUAAAGUUUCUGAAAGUUUAGAAUAAUUUAUUACCAUCAGCUUAUAUUACUUUUAAUAGAAUACAUUGUAUUUUUCAGAAAAUUACUGAAAAAAAACUUUGCUUAAAAUAUUUUAUUCUAAACAUUUCAAUAAAAUCUUUUAGUAUUUAUUUUUGAGUGUUUCUAUGUUGAUGUUUAUGUCUUGAAUGAAACUCAGCUAGUUUGUUGUGCAGUUUUCAUAAUAUUUUUUUUCAAGAUUUAUAGAUUUGAAUUAAUUACAUGGUAAUGUUGACAAAUUUACAUUAUAUAAGUCAACAACAGAAAACAAUAUUGGAAAUUGUUUUCAAAUUUUGUAUUUAUCAGAAAUAAACAAGAACAUUUUUAUAUAUCCUUUGAUCCUCCUGAAUAUACAUGAAAUAUUUGCCAAUGGACAGCAAUGUAUAAUUUUUGCAAGAUAAAUUUUCCUGUUUUAAAAGAUAUGAUGUAUAAAAUGAUAAAAAGUGUAUGUGUUUGUUAAAAAUAUAUAAGUAUAGAACAAAUGGUAAUUAUUUGUACUAUUUUAUAC